GUUUAAGCGUUAUAUCCUCUCAAGAACGUUUAACUUAAACACUUAUUGACAAAUCAACUUGUCCAAGAUCCAAGAUAAAGAUACACCUAAAUUCCCAUAAUUUGACCUUUUAUGUUUCCCAACUUUUGGCGGGAAGAAUAUGUAAACUCCUCAUUUAUUUCGGUUAAUUUUAUUUAUUUAUUUAUUUAUUUAUUUAUUAUAUUUCUCAGCAGCAGAAAUAAGACAGAAAAAGUGUGAACCAAAAUGGAAAACCCUAGCAGCAGCAGCAGCAACAAAGCAGCGAUCGAAGACAACAUGCUUCUCACCAUGCUUGAUUCUUCUUCUGAUUCUAAUCAAGAUGCCCUCGACGAACGUAUUGCUUUUCUGGAUGCUGUUCGUGCUUCUUCAAUUGGGCUUCAAAAUGGAAAACCACCAACUUCAGAAAUAUUUGGGGCAAUAUUCCAUAUGCUGAGGACUGGGAAUUCUAUACAGUUGAUUGUGGCAAGUUAUAUGCUUCUGGUUGAUUUAGAAAAGCAUUUCCCUCGUGCAUAUCUAUCCGGUGUAGAUGAUUGCCUAUUGUCGUCUAACUCUCCACCAAAAUUGGUUGUGGCUGAAGAGGCAUGGUCUCCCCUUAUUGUUGGCUUGGAUAAUGCCACUGCUGUCAGUGAAGCUGGCGACAAACAGUGCGGUGGACCUCUAGACCCUUCUAGCUUUCAUCUCCUGGUUGAAGAGCUUGCUGAAACUUUAUCUGAGUCCAACAUUCAAGCUACAAGCAUGAAGCCUCUGCAGAACUUGUUACUCUUUCAAUAUCUCGUCAUUGUGCUUGGAAGCGAUUUUCUACCUCGUAAUGCCACUAUGAACUGGAGCUUGCAGAGGGAGUCUUUGCUCAACAUGUUACUGGGUUCUAGGAAAAUAAACUACAAAAGUUUGAUGAAAGAUUGUAUGGAAGUUAUCUGUCUAUUAUGCCAACUUCUUGAAAAUGAUCUUAGCAAAAAUCUAGAGGUUGAAAAGAAUUCUGAAUCUCAGUUAUCCAAAAAUUGCCAUACCGCACUAUCUUUUGCUUUACUUGAAGUAUUAAAGAACACGCGUGUAUCCGUGGAGAAACUUUUGGUGAUGAUCAUGACCCUUGAUAUGUCUAGGAAGAAAGCAGAUAUCGAAGGCCAUACAUCAAGAGCAGAUGGUCCAAGAACACCUUUGGUGGACAUAAUUCUGGAUGAUCUGGCUUACAGCAAAGAUAAUGUCCCUCAUUUUCUUAAGAUCUUCAGUGAGCCUAAAUGGAAGCUGGAAAUAGUUGUGCAGUAUCUUUGGAAAUACAUAACUAAGCCUUCUACUCGCACUCGUCGAUCAAAUGGUUUUACCGAAGAUACAACAUUUGAAGGGGCUUUGAAAUGCUUUUCAACUAACACCGGCACUAAGAGCAUAAUAAAAAAAAUUGGUGCAGAUGUAGUCCAGUUGCUUUUGGCUCAUGGUUUUCAGGCUCAAUUGUCAAUAUUGUCAGAAAGAAAUGCAAAUAACAUUGGUGGAGACAGCGAAGAAGGGGCCGGUGCUCUUGUAGAUUUGUGCCAGACGUUUAUAUCUGCUUUCGAUAGUUUGAGAAGCACAGAUAGUGAUAUGGAGAUACUGUCGAUCGGAAAAGAGGCACUAUUUACUGCAGCAACUGCUAUCUCCAUGAAGUCAUAGGAGUAUACAUAACAGCAUUGACUUUGUUAGCUUUAUUACUCAUGGCUUAGAUCAACUUAUUCUUUAUUGGAGUCUGAGGCUUUGUAGCUUAGAUUAAAUGCAUGAAAAAUACUUUUCCGUAGGCAAAUUUUGUAUCUUGCCUUGCUGAAUGAUUUUGAAUGGCACCAUUAUAAAAGUUAUAUGAUGGGGAUAUUACCAUUGAAAUUUGAUACUAUCAUACUAAUAUUGGUAAUUGAGUAAAGUUUUCUUCCCCACAUGAUGUAUGGUAUAUGUUAUUUAUCAAAUUAUCAUUUAUAUAUACACUGAUUAUAAA